AUGAAGGAGGUGGUCCCUGUCCCACUGCAGGACACUCAGAACUUGGUUGCCUGCCACUGCCACCAGAGCCCACCCAAGCCCUUCUCCCUGUUCUCUGGGCCCAAGCCUGGGGCCACCUCAACGACCCCUGCCGGCCACCCUCGUCACUGCACCUACCUCGUGAAGGACCUGCUGAUCCCUGAUGCGGUGAUCCUAAGGAGGACAUGGAUGGAAGCAGCGGCGGCCUGCUCAGUGCAGGUUUCAGGGUCGCUGCAGCAGGCCGAGGGCAGGGUCUUGAAGUCUCCAGUCCUCGGGCCUCUCUGCGUCCGGGCGCCAAGCGAGCCCAUGGAGCCCGCGGAGCCGGUGGAGCCGGUGGAGCCGGUGGAGCCAGCGCGGGGAGGCGCCGGCGGGGCCGAUGCGAUGCUGCGCGAGCUGGAGGCGCUGGUCCAGGACGUGGUGACUGCGAGCUCUUGGUGGGAGCGCCACGGGGUGGACUGCGCCAUCCUGGCGCUCAGCCUCCUUGCCUUGCCGGCAGGGUUCCUGUGUCUGCGCUCUGAGAAUGUACUGGUCUUUGCCAUUGGCGUCACCAUCUCGGGUGUGUGCCACUAUACGCUCACUGUCAAGGGUAGCCACCUGGCCACUCAUGGUGCCCUCACAGAGUCCAAACGCUGGAGUAAGAUCUGGCUGCUUUUCUUCGUGGAGGUAUGCACGGCCUUCACUGCAGAGUGCGCCAAACACGGACAUGUCAAGAUGCACCAUUGCUACACCAAUGUGGUGGGUUUGGGGGACUCGAGCACGUGGAGGCUGCCGUGUCUCAACCGCUAUGUCUACAUGUUCCUAGCUCCUCUCCUGCUCCCCAUCAUUACCCCACUGGUGGCAAUGGAGCGGCUGAGGCAGGUGGAGCUCAGGACGGCUCUGAGGACACUGGGCUUGAUCUCCCUGGGCCUUUAUUCCCAGUACUGGCUGCUUCUGAACGUGUCAGGCUUUAAGAGUCCCCGCUCGGCCCUGGUCUGCAUGUUCCUCAUCAGAUCCCUGCUGGCCCAUCCCUACCUGCAUGUCAACAUCUUCCAGCACAUCGGGCUUCCCAUGUUCUCCCGAGACUACAAGCCCCAACGGAUUCACAUGAUGAGCCUGGGGGUGCUAAACCUGCCCCGGCUGCCCCUGCUGGACUGGGCGUUCGGCCACUCAAUCAUCAGCUGCCACGUGGAACACCACCUCUUCCCCAGGCUCUCCGACAACAUGUGCCUGAAGGUAAAGCCCGUGGUGUCCCAGUUCCUCCGUGAGAAGCAGCUGCCCUAUAAUGAAGAUUCGUACCAAGCUCGCUUCUGGCUGUUUCUCCGUUGCUACGAGGAGCUCAUGGUGCAGGCCCCGCCAAUCACUGAGCUUGUGGGGCUGCAGUGAGGCUGGGCUGGUGCUGCCACCUGUCCUCUUUGGCCUGGGCCCAGCCCUUCUGCUGCUGCUGGCCAUGGGUAUGGCCUGGUGGCUGGUGGUAGACCUGGAGCAUUGAGGAACUGGGUGGGGGGUCCCUGCCCUGAUAGUUUUUCUGAGUUUCUGGGGGAAAGCAAUAAUGGUGCUGGGCAUCCUGGGCAGGGUGACCUCAGCCAGCUGCAUCUCAGGACUAAAUAGCCAAUCCCUACCCCCGCCCCAUCUGAGCCUUGGUAGGGCUAAGGGGGUGACAGAAGGUGAGGAGGGAUCCUGUGCAGGGGCCACCUGGGAGAUAGGAGACAAGAGAGAGUAGGGUCAGCCCCAUAGGCAUAGGCCUCCUUGGUGCUAGGGCUCCCUACCCUGGCUCGGCCACUGCUUCUUCCUGUACCCUCUGAUACUCUGCCCACCAAGGUGCCCUAUCCCCAAGGUCUUCAGGGUGAGCUUACUUUUGGCCGGCAGGCCUGGCUUCUCAGCCAAAGAAACCUGUGCAGGACACUGGCUCAGCAGUUCCCUGGGGCCACAGUAUCAGUGAAAUAAAAGUGAGUGUGUGCUUUGUGGGGAGAGGACUCCAGGAGAAGUGAAGGGAGAAAGUUCCUCAGGAGCUGAGUUGGGGAAAGAGUAUAAGCAGCUCUGAGUGUGACCUUGGCUAGCAAAGUCUGCUUUGCUCAAUGGUGUUUAGAAGCAGAAAACCUAGGGAAUUAUCCGAUGAGAGAAAGAAUUCCUGGGCGGGGGAAGGGGGAGUAGCUGAGGUUGGAGAGCAUUAUGGGAACAGUCUGGGAGACAGAUGUGACCUCAGAGAGGAGGGGAAGGAAUGUGGGAUACAAGGGAGAAGAGCUUGAGGUCAGAGCUGGACUGUGUAAGGAAGGGUGGUCUGCAGCCUGGGAUUGAGGUGGGACUACAAGAUAACACUGGAUGCCAGCCAGAGGAAGAGGCCAAGGCAUUAAAGGACACCACUGGGAUUCAGUGCAAAGUAGGCAGAGUUAAAGAUGGCUGGGAGCUGCCCCAGUGGGGCUUGGGCCUGGGGACUGUAAGGCAGUGCCCAGGUGGAGGCCGGGGAGGUGGCCAGGCCUAUGAAAGGAGGCCAGAACAGAUAGUUUAUAACAGGGCCUCUUGCUUCAACACAUUUGACACAUUGGACAAUUCUUUGUUGUUGGGUGCUGUCCUGUGCCUUGCAGGAUGUUUAAUGUUUAGCAGCAUUCCAGGUUUCUACCUACUAGAUGCCGGGAGCCAUAGUCGUGACAAUCAAAAAUGUCUCCAGGGCGGCGCCUGUGGCUCAAGAAGUAGGGUGCCAGUCCCAUAUGCUGGAGGUGGCAGGUUCAAACCCAGCCCCGGCCAAAAAAUAAUAAUAAAAUAAAAUAGUUAAAAAAAAUUAAAAAAAAAGUCUCCAGAUAUUGCCAAAUCAUCCCUGCUUGAGAACAUGCAAGUCAUUCUUUGAGCACAUAAUUACCUUGUUUUUCAGUUAAGUCCUUGGAUGGAGCCAAGGCCGCGCUGACUCUGCUGAUAGGGAGACUAACUGCCAGUAAAUGGGAACUCAUGGAUGGGUCAAAUUUGAUGGCAGGUGAAGGCCUUCUCUGAGCCCAGUCCUGUUGGAGGACCCAUCACUAGUGUGGCCUUAUGUAGCUCUGUGUAAAGGCCAUUUGCCUCUCCAGAUCUGCUCUCCACUUGUCCUAUCUCUGCCCUGCCUUCCUCUACCAAAGACAGCUCCUUCAGGUACCCUCUCCUAUAGCACCAGCUCUCACUAGUACCAAAACAGCUCCCUGCAGGUGGUAGUGGCUUCCAGGUAUUGCUAGGCCAGGAGUGCUUCUUCAGUCCCUUCACCCACACCUCUGAAUAAAGUUCCUUCCUUAAACUCUUCAA